AUGGCUGCUCCUGGCCCCGGGCCGGCGGCUACGGUCUCGGCUGAGAACUCAUACCAAACUCCAGCUGCGACUCCAACGGGCUCUCCCGAUCCUGACGGCAUGGAGCCAUCGUCGUCUUCGAGUAGCAUUGGCUUGUCCAUGGCUUCAGCCAUUGGCCGCGACAAUGGCAGUGCUAGCGGCAGUGGUAGCGAGGCGCCUAAAAAGCGAAAUCGACGAAGCAAUCCCAAGGUCAAGACGGGAUGCUUGAAUUGCAAACAGCGGCGCAUCAAGUGCGAUGAGAUGCGUCCGGCUUGCUCGCAGUGCGUCCGUAGCAAGAAGGAAUGCACUGGCUAUCCGGCACCUAGCCGCGGAACCAGGGCUGCCCUUGACGUCCGCAUUGCUCCAAAGCCUUUGGUUGCCGCAUCGGCUGGGUUCCAACAUCUGCAGCCAGCGCCAAGCACUAUUGCGAGCGCUUCAACUUCAACCACUGCCAGCCUUUUGCUCACAGGUCACACCAUUAUGCUCCCACCUCGGCGUGUCAACCGUCGCAAACGGCAGACCAAACCUCUCGCCUCCAAUGCCACCAUGCCUUUCGUCUAUGAGCCAUCUCACAACUUGGCAUUGAUGCAUACUGAAAGUCUGUACUUUGAUCUUUUCCGAGUCCAGACGGCCUCAGAGUUGUCUGGAUACUUUGAUUCGACCUUUUGGACACAGCGCGUUCUACAGGAAUGCCACUUCGAACCGUCCAUUCGACACGCCGUCGUGGCUCUUGGUGCCUUGUAUAAGACGCUUGAACAGUCUUGCGAACCGGACUCGACACCGCUACCGGGUGCUAUGAGCCGGUUGGACUCGGUCAUGUGUCAUUGGCAGGUUGCCGUUAGGAAAUAUUCGGAAGCCUGCAAUGCCAUGCUGCAUCUCAGCGGUAACAAGCUGGCAACCAACAAGACCCGUCUGAUGGCCAGCGUCUUGUUGGCCUGUUUUGACUCCUUUAUUGGUGAUCAUCGGCAGGCCAUUGUCCAAAUUCAAACGGGAUUGGGGCUCCUGGCUCGGAUUCAAUAUGAUCGGACGCAAGCCCCUCAGUCCAAUGAACGGGUUGAAGAGGACCUGCUAAUCAUUUUCACACGAUUGGCAAUUCAGGCCAAAUCCUUACAAGACCCAUCCUCACCCCUCUCGGAUAUGGAUCAGCUCUGCGAGAUGUUGCUGCGAUUCAUCGAACACUUACAGCAUGCUAAAAAAGAACCUUCUUACACUUUACCUCCAUCCUGGAGGCAAUUAGGUGCCACAUUUCAGGGCCAAAUUGACUCGUGGUCAGAGGCUUUUGAACCCAUCUUCCAAUCACGGCUGCAACCUGGCAUGAAUCUCUUGGAGAAAUCCGGCAUAGCAGCCUUGAAAAUGUUUCAGAUCAACACAAAUGUCAUAUUCUUGACGAUCUUCUGCGAUGCUGAGGUUCAGUUUGAUGGUUUCCUCCCCCAUUUCAAGGCCAUUGUCAGUCUAGGCUGGGAGGUAGUUGGCGAUGACGAGAAGCGAGCGGCUACCGAGCGAUGCCCCGAUCCACAGAGCUUCUCCGCAGACCUUGGGAUUGUACCGCCGCUCUUUGUCGUGGCUACUAAAUGUAGAGAGCCGAACGUCAGGCGAGAAGCAAUCCAACUUUUGAGGAGCAGCGCUCGGCGAGAAGGCAUGUGGGACAGCGAGCUGACUGCCAACAUUGCUCAAUGGAUUAUGGAGGUGGAAGAGUCCGAGAAUCCUUUUCCUGAGAUGAAUCUUCCUGGUGGGCCAACACAGGCUGUUCUUCCAAGCCGAGCGAUUCCAGAGGAAAAGAGGAUCAUGGUUCAAUCUGUUGAUUUUGAUUUACGGGAGAGAUUCGCUCAGCUCACUGUGGGAUCUCGAGAUUUGCGUCAGGGGAUGAAGGACCGACGACACAAAGCGACCCGAAUCACAUGGUGA